GCCAUCCGCGACGCGAGCUUUCCUCUUCGAGACCCUCGACCUUCGCUCUGUGUCUCACCGCGAAACUCUGAUGCGAGCGUCGACUCGCAUUAGAAACGGUACAAGCGAGAAGUCAGAGAUUUCACGGCUCAAACAUUCGAAUUUCGCGGUUUUAUUUGAAAUCAACUGAGAUUCCCGAUACGUCGGUCUCGUUUUUAAGUCGAGUGCUUGGAAUUUCGUCCGCUUCUCCUGUUCGACGUCGUCCGGCUCGGAGGAACGUGCGCGACCGAUGAAUCGGAAGUAGCCUUUCGUGAAGCAGCCGCUGUGUCGGCGGCGCCGCGAUCGUAGCGAGCAGGGAGCAGGACAACCAGGAACCGGACAAACGAACCCGAUGAGAUGGAUCUUACGCUGUUCUUGAUCGCCGUGCUUCUCGGACAAGAAGUGGCUGGUCUCAAGUUGCUUCGCAUAACCGUCCCGGCGUACUCCGUCAGGGGCAAGAACGCGCUACUCGAGUGCAGGUACGACCUGGAGAAGGACAAGCUCUACUCCAUCUCAUGGUACAAGGACCACGAGGAAUUCUACAGAUAUGUGCCCAAAUCGGAACUCACCAAGCACACCUAUCGCGUCGAGGGCGUUAAAGUUGACCGCCGCCGGUCGGAUCACCAACAGGUCUUGCUGCAGGACGUCAGCCUGCACAGUAGCGGGCAGUACAAGUGCGAGGUAAGCGCCGAGGCGCCCAGCUUCAACUCGGUCAGCGCCGAGGCCAACAUGGAAGUUCUCGGUGAAGCCCGACACGGAAAUGGUGUUCGAGGAACACGGACUCUACUCGGUGAUAUCCAGUUUACGACUUCAGCUGGAGCCGGAUCACAUCGCCGGCGACAAAAUAAACGUCAGGUGCGAGGCGACCAUGGAAUUGAACUCGAACUCGGACGAGCCGUUCGUAGAAACUCGGAACACGGAGUUUUUUGUGGAGGGACACGCGAGCAACGCGGCGCCUUCCGUCUGCCUGACGGUGGCCAGCGCUCUGCUGUUACGGCUACUGCCACCGGUUUAGGAAAGAGAGCGACGAACGCGGCCGGCCGCGCUCCUGCGGGAAGAGAAGAAGAAGCUGAUCCAGCGAGGGAAGAAGAUCAGAGAAGUAAUGAUCGUCGGCCGAUCGGUCGUUCUCGGCGGGAACGAGGGAAUCGACGGCCGCGACCCGAACAGGAGUCUGUUCUCGAUCGAAUCUCCACGGCACCGUGAAGUCAGGUUUUCAUUCUUUUUCUUUUCUUUUGUUUCUCAAAACACAGGUAUUUAAUCGGUAUCGUCACGGGACGAGUCCGGAAUUAAAGGUCGAGGUCGUAGUUUAAGAGACUCGAAUCAACCCGAUCGGCUCGCAUCGAUCUUGACGAUCGAUGCCGAGAGGAUUAUCGGUCCGCGUGUUCAUACGGCACGCGACUCGAAAAUACGAUUUACGAGCCUGUAAGCCGAUUAAUUUGGACGAUUCGACGAGCACCACCGGGGGCCAGGGCAAAUAUUUGUUCGAAAUCGCGUAGGGUAUUCUUUUAACGCGACGCACCAAAUUCUGUCCCCGGUCACUCACUCGCUCGCUCGCUCGCACGCGAGCACACCGAACAGUUGCGCCGUGCGGCUUUCGCAGCGCGUAGAUCUGGAUCGCGAAGCGUGAGCCGCGACCGAGAGCGAUCCGCGUCUCGACGGCUCCGACACACGAUCCCCUUGCGGCGCAUAUCCAUGUUUCUCUCGCAUGACGCGCACCUUCGCGUAGCACGCAACGAUACCUACGUGUACCUACCCUGUUGUACGGCUUCGAAGCUUCUGACCCUCUGUUGUACACUUCCGUAAGAAGACGAGCGAUACUCGCGCGGCUCACGCUCAAACCCUCGCGCCUAUGAAGUUCCGCCCGACUGUCGGCUACUCGAAAUCCUUGAGAAGGAUCCGUUUCUGUUGUUCCGUAUACCUUCGAGUAAUCGACAAGCUUCGGUAAUGAGGACCUAAUCUUAAGCUUGCGAUCACUGUGGACGCGAAUCCGUUCACGCUCAUUAUUCUGACGAACCUAAUUAAUUACUGGGGCCUAACGUAGACUCGAUCUUCAACGGAUUGAAUAAUUCCUCGUUCUAUUAUGAAUUUGAUUUAAGUACGUGAUUUCACUUGUUCGGUGUUCGCGCGAGCGGAUUCGCAUCGAUCGCGAUCCUAGACUUCCCUCUUCGCUGACACUUCACUCUCUAUCUCUGUUUGUGUAUACUUUGUAAAUAGCUACGACGCGCGUAUACACCUGCCGUAUCUACCACGUACCUUGUCGAACGAAAAAAAGAAAUUAGAAAAAAUUGAAACUGGACAAACAUUGUUGACGUUGAAGUGAAUUCGCGAGGAACUUUAAUCGUGCUUUCCGUAGAACUUAGGCAAAACGAUUGGCGCAAAGAGAACCGCGCUGAUCCCGAAGCCGCCACUCAGUCGACGAUCCCGAAACCCGAAAGUCGGAAAGAGAUUACGUACUUGUGUGUAUGGCCUAAUGUAUAUACAUAUAUAUAUUUCGCAUAUUUAGUAAAUAAAUCGUAUUUCAUUAAAA